AAAAUAUUGAGCAUAUUCUUCCAAGACAACGCAAUACGUACACUAAAUAGUACUUUCAUGUGCUUCAGCUUAAGUCCGCGGUAAUAAUACGGUACAUCCUUCCCGGCAAGGCGGUAAUUCAUCGCGUGCAGCUCCAACCUUCUUUUCCAGAGAGCCGAAAAACAAGAGCAACCCGAUCGCCGACUCGACGUUGCUCCCCCUUCUUUGCCUCCCCCUCUUCAGACCUUCCUUAUGGGCGUUUAACGUCUCAAGAGAAUUACUCAGGUCGGCGAUAUGGACAAACACCGCCGCGAUGAGUCGCCUUCGGGUCUGUCUGAUAUUGUCGAGCAUGACGGUCUUCUAGGGACCGGCCUGACGACCAGACAUAUCGAGGCCUUCGGGAGGAAAGUAACGUCGACGGCCGGGCAUUUAAUGGGCCCUCCGGGUGACGGAAAUCCCGCUCAUUACAACAAUGCUAUGGUGGAUAUUCAGCGCGAGCUGCGGCGCCCUAAUACGCAGCGCAGGAUAUUCGCCUUGACUCAAACGACUCCGACGGAUCUUGUCCGCUCCAAGCUGUCGACUUCCGAAAUCCAAUCGCGAGCUCUCUCCUCCCUCCCCGACGAUCUCCUUGCGAACAUUCCCGAUGACAGCAGCUCCUACUCUCUAUUUGAAGGCUUCCAGGCCUCACAAGAUGACAUCGAAUAUCGAAAGGCUCAUCGACGGCGCACUUCCAAAUCAAAGAAGUUGUUGAAAGACGGCGAAGGGCGGCCAGCCCUUCCGUCCGCUCCGGCGGACCUGAAGAAGGAGCGUGACCUGUUGAGUCGCCGCAUGGAGCUGAUGGGCGUGCGCAAGAACAUGUGUAGCUCGGAGAUACAUGACAUAGAUAACAAGAUCGCGAACCUUCACAAUAUGCGCAAGAUUGUUUUGGAUCGGUUGGCUGGGCUAGAGAUGGAGGAGGCGGAAUUGGAACAUGAACUGACCGAGAUCGAAAAUAAAUUAGAGGAUAUUGAAGAGGAAGCACCAGAUGUGGUGGGCACUCCUAAAUCAUCCGUCAAUGACGAGUCUCUAAUUUCGGAGGAUGCGGCCAUGGACGCAUCCUUCAUGUCAGAGUCUAUCUAUCAAAAGAUACCGUCGCCGAAGAGCUUCAAGCAGAAAUCAAUAAGAAAACGAUCCAUGCCUGUGUUACACGAGCAUUUCACCCCUGGAUCCUUGAUCAAGGAGAUGGAGGCGCAUACCGACAUGGUGACUGCUAUUGAUUUUGAUUUCCCUUUCGGUACAAUGGUCAGCGCAGCAUUGGAUGAUACCGUGCGAGUCUGGGACCUUAACACUGGCAGAUGCAAUGGGUUUUUGGAGGGGCAUAAUGCAUCGGUUCGGUGUCUUCAAAUAGAGGAUAAUAUUGUGGCCACCGGUUCUAUGGAUGCCUCAGUCAAACUUUGGGACUUGAGUCGCGCCCGCACCAGACCGCGAAGCAGCCGCAUUAACAAGCAAGAAGAUGAAGAAGAUGCUGCCGACGAUGCUUCUCAAGUAUCUCAUUCGACGACUCUAGAGGAUUGCCACGUAUUUUCACUAGAUGCCCACGUCGGUGAAGUGACAGCACUCCAUUUCCGGCGUGACAACUUAAUUUCCGGUUCGGCGGAUAAGACUCUACGACAAUGGGAUCUUGUCAAAGGGCGUUGUGUGCAGACAUUGGACGUUCUCUGGGCCGCAGCUCAAGCGUCGACGCUAAAUGGAGAUAGCUCAUGGCGACCGUCGGGACGUAUGCCGGAUGCAUCCGCAGACUUCGUGGGCGCGCUUCAGUGCUUCGAUGCCGCCCUGGCUUGUGGUACUGCCGACGGUAUGGUUCGUUUGUGGGAUUUGCGUAGUGGUCAAGUCCAUCGGAGUCUCGUUGGACAUACAGGUCCCGUUACGUGCUUACAAUUUGACGAUGUACACAUGGUGACGGGAAGUAUGGACCGCAGUAUUCGGAUCUGGGAUCUCCGAACGGGAUCCAUCUUUGAUGCAUAUGCCUACGAUAAACCUGUAACCAGCAUGAUGUUCGACACGAAGCGUAUUGUGACUGCCACGGGAGAGAGUGUGGUGAAGGUAUACGACAAAGCAGACGGCAACCACUGGGACUGUGGUGCCGGCGUUGGUGUUGAUGAACAAGGCCCGUUACCCGCCACCGUAGACCGAGUGCGCCUCAAGGACGGAUUUCUCAUCGAAGGCCGCAAGGACGGCACCAUUGGCGCGUGGACUUGUUAGAAAUGAUUCUAUGAGGCAUUGGCUUUCGGACGUAUUUGGAUGUACAUGCGAGCACUUGCCAUUAUAUUCUCCCGCAAAGUCUCAGCGCGUCUUUAAAUAUGUAUAUUAUAUUUGUCUCCAGUGUUUUAGAAGCGAGAUGAAGCUGUCCAGGACAGGCAGCGUUGUAAAAUGAAUUUGUGAAGUGAUGCCAGUCUUUCUUCUCAUUUCUUAUGCAUUGGAUAUGAAUGAAUGCGAUCAAAAUUAGAAGAUAAAAGAAUGUUGAAGUAAGAAAGCAAGAAUUAUAGACUGGUCUUUGUGUUGCUGUAGAGCUUACAGACCAUGCCGUGGAUAGUAAAGCAGCUACAUAUUGAGACAUCUC